AUGCGCCUCAACUUACGGGGCUCUCUGGGCUUGCUCCUGGUGACCUCCGCGGCAGGGGCGAAGGUGUCGGCGGAGCAAGGUAAUCCAUCGUUGGACAGCCGCCACGCGGAUGCUACAAAGUUGCCACAGUGCGCCGGCGACUGCGACAAGGAUUCAGAGUGCUUGGGAGGGUUGAAGUGCUUCCAGAGGAAUGGGCUGGAGCCCGUGCCUGGGUGCGCCGGUGCUGGCACCAGAGCAUGGGACUACUGCUACUACGAGCCCUCGCCGAACUUGAACAGCAUCGCUGGCGAUCCUACAAGUUUGCCAUUGGCAAAGUGUGCCGGCGACUGCGACAAUGAUUCACAAUGCGCGGGGAACUUGAAGUGCUUCCAGAGGGAUGGGCUGGAGUCCGUGCCCGGGUGCGCAGGAGGUGGCACGAAUCAAUGGGACUACUGCUACGACCCCUGGGAUGCCUUGAAGUUGGACAGCAUCGCUGGCGAUCCUACAAAUUUGCCAUUGGCAAGGUGUGCCGGCGACUGCGACAAGGAUUCACAAUGUGCGGGGAACUUGAAGUGCUUCCAGAGGGAUGGGCUGGAGCCCGUGCCCGGGUGUGCCGGCGACUGCGACAAUGAUGCACAGUGCGCGGGGAACUUGAAGUGCUUCCAGAGGGAUGGGCUGGAGCUCGUGCCCGGAUGUGCAGGACGUGGCACGAAUGAAUGGGACUAUUGCUACGACCCUGCGUUGCAACAUGGAGCAGGCAACCUUGCAGACCGUAAAAUCUCCGCCGUCUCCGGGACUCCCAAGGACGUUGACAUGGACUUUGUCUCGGCACUCUUCACUGUGGUGGACGCAGGGGAUGGCCUGAUCGCACUGCACAGCCAAAGGUACAACUGCUACCUCGGGAUUGCCUUUACUGGACUGGUGGAUUGCGGCGGCGUCAAUGCGCCAACUGGGCCAACGACCACGGCUCCAUGGGACAAUAACAAGUUCAAGGUGGUGCCUGCAGGAAUCGGGCUUGUUGGCCUGUAUUCCAAGUUGCGGAAACAGUACAUUCGCGUCGACAAUGUCUAUAAAUCCGUGACCGGCCGGAGCGGAAGCGAGGACACGGUGAAUGCGGACACCGCAGGCGGCUCCUGCACCUGGGAGCUCUUGCAGGUGCCCCAACACUUGGAACUGGGCUCCCUGGUGGGCUUCUGGCGCAGCAAGAACCUCUUGCGCAUGCAUUCCGACAAGAUGGACUCACAUGCGCCGCUGGCCGAGGGCCGCAUUUUGGACGAAUGGACCUGGGAGCAGUUCGAGGUGGUGGAUGCGGGAGCAGUGCAGGUCGCACUCUACAACGCCGCACAGGGGCGUUUUGUGAAGAUGACGAAAGCUGGGACUGUGUCGCCGGGUUCAGCGAAGAGCAAGACCGGGGGAGUGACUUUGGAGGAGCGCUUUGCUGUCGUCCCCGCCUCUGAGAAGACCAUCGCGCUCCACAACAGCAAUGCGAACCGCUUCUUGAUUAUCAACGGGCCCGGUCAGGCGCCCUCGGGGCAGACCGGCAACGCCCAGGAUGGGGAUAGUUUGGGCAGCAGCAGCCAGAUCUGGAUGAAGAUCGUACCCAUCAGUGAUUUGGAGACCACCUCCCAAAUGCCAAGUUGCUGCGCCUGCGAUCACACCAAAGAUAAGUGCCGUGAUAUGCAAGUCUGGAUGAAGUCGGAGCCUGCCGGAUGGAUCCACCGAUACUGGCACCGAAACUGGCAGGUGACCUCCAAUCCAAGAGGCUCCAAAGAGGUGUACUGGACUUGUGGGCGCCGGCGUGGUGGUCAGGAGCGUACCGGGUUCAACAUGCCGGCCACCCACGUCGACAGCUACAUGAACGAGGGCGAUCUGAACUAUCACCCCAGGUAUUGUUCCCCGCGAAUGUAUACGCCACGGGAAUCGCCGAAGGACCGAGGCUGCUGCUCCAUCGCUGACGGCACCGUCGAUCGGUGUGGGUCGCGGCAGUAUCUGCAGAUGCAGGUGGGAACAGAGUGGAAGACGUGCUACAAGGGCCAGACAUGUGAGUGGACCUUCCCGGAGCCACACCCCCAAGGCAAAACGCUUCACUGGUGGUGUGGAGAGACAAAGGAAAGUGUGGCCUGGGGCCUCUACUUCGACACCAUCCAAAUUAAGUUCAACUGCAACGGAGAGAUAGAGUGGAACCCAUGGUGGUGCGGGGUGGCAACUUCCGGUGAGAUGCCUCCCGAAGCGAGCUCCCGGCUCAUCGACGUCUUGAAAAUCAACUCCGACGGCGACGUCGUCGAUGGGCAAACGGGAGCUUCACUGUCGCCUGGGGAGAUCACCUCCAAGGCCAAGGACUUCGCUCGCGACAACAAGGAUGUGAUUUGCGAGGGCCUGUCAGCCGCGGCAGUGUACGAUCAGCUCCUCAAACCAUCGGGCACGUGCUGGCGAGCCGGCAUGACGGGGAGAUCUUCCCUCUUCCCGGGUCAUUCGGACUAUGGGACGAAGACCUCGCUUUUCGAAGAGGGGACCAGGUUCACUCGCGAGGAGCGCCCGCAUUCCAGCACCCUCUUGGCCUUGGCAGACCACCUGGCGAAAAACGCCACGCUGCUGCAGCUGUCCGGCAAUAUCUCCAACCAGGAGUUGCAGAAGUUUCUACCGGGCUUAAUGACUGCGUACUGCGCGGUCACGAAAGGCACAAAUUGCGCGGAGAUCGGCUUGGAGCAGUGUGAGUGCUACUGCGUCGCGCCCGGCAGGUGCACGCAGGUCUUGGCGGAGAAGUACGCCAAAUCCAUUGCCGCGAUCUUGGAGAUGGCAGCCGACGUCGCCAUGGCGGUGAUGACCGGCGGCGCGUCCGCGGCGGCCAAGGCGGGCGCCAAAGCAGCCGCCAAGGCCGCCUUGAAGGCGGCAGCGAAGAACGCCGCGAAGGGAGCCGGCAGGAGCGCCAUCAAGAAGGCGAUGGUGACCGCAGCCAAGGGUGCCGCCAAGAAGGCCGCGAUCGCAUCCUUGAAGAGCCAGGGCAAGAAGAGCAUGAGGAAGAUGACCGUGCGGGCAAUCAAGUCAGGGAUCAAGGACACCGCAAAGACCUUGAUCACCGACGCCAUCAUGGACUACCUCGGGUUAGGCGACAUCUGCAAGGACAUCCUUGACAAGGUCUUGGGAGAGGAGGUGGAAGAUCCAGCUUGGGUGAACGACCCCGAGUACAAGUGGGGAAAUGAAGAGGGCCCCGCCGGGUAUAUGGAAACGGUGGACAUCACCGGAAUCACGGCACUGGUGGGCAUCUUCCACGAAGCAGAUUGCCCAACUCCAGUUCCGGGAAGCAAGGAGGGCUGUUAUGCAGGGCCCGCAAAGAUGCAUUCAGGUCUGCAACUGAGUUUGGAACAAGAACAUGCGCUGACAUACUCUGUAGGCUUUUCCUCUCUGUUGCCGCGUCUUGGUUGCAGAACCACGCUUUUUGACGCGAGGUUGUUGCAGCAUGCUGCCGCCUGCGCCAUGUUCAAGUGCACUGUGGCCGCCGUGGCUCUAACCGGCACGGGCAACGGAGAAGGUGCAGACUGCGAUCUUCCGGUGGUUCCCAUCAGGCCAGGCCGACUUCCCUCGGAGGAGGCUGCGCCUUGGUCCUGGAGCCAGGCCUACGGCAUCACUCGCCAGACAUGGCAGGACAUCACGGGCGGCAAGAAGCGUACAUCGAACGAACUCGAACACCUCAAACUCGUGGAGAAGGGGCUGGUGGACUACGCCGAUUCCUUCACGACCAAACUUCCGACAAAGAUUGAGCGACAGGAAGGCCGGGAUCUCAAGCGGGUCUGGCGCGCGGUUCGCAGCGUCUUCGAGGAGCGACAGAGCCAUCCGUGGGCGAGAUCUACGGAAAUGCCUUGGUGGCCGAGGCUGUCCCAUUGUAUCACCUGCUGGCGCCGUUGCCAGCAGGCUUGCCUGCCGGGGAUUUCAACCAGGAGGUGGAGACAGUGCGACAUCUGCUUUCUGGAUUUGGGCUGA